AUGAAGGUCAUCUUCAGAUUUCAAGAUGUGGCUGAAAUUAUGAACGAUGAAGUACCUGCAUUGGAAGAGAAUGUGAGCGAUGUUCAAAAAGUUGCACACAAUGAACGAACAAAGAAAGAUGGAAAAUCUCUAUUCUUGAUCCAUCAAUGUGUGGAUUCUAGCGUGUUUGGGAAGAUCAUUGAAGAAGAAACAACAAAAGGAGUGAGGGACAAGUUAAAGAACUUGUACGACAAAUAUGAAAAGUUGAAAAGGAAAAUUGAGAAAGUAUUGAGAUCUCUCACUGUAAACUUUGAUUACAUUGUCGUAUUCAUUGAAGAGUCCAAUAACCUAGCUGAGAUGAAGGUGGAAGAACUUCAAGCUUCAUUGGAGGCUAAUGAAAUGAGACUGAAGCAAAGGAACCCAGAGAGAGAGAGAGUGGCUGAACAGACAUUGCAAGCCAGAUUCACCAAGAAAUCUAGGAAAGAAAAUAUGAAGCAAAGAAAGAAUCUUGCUAACGAUGAGAAGUCAAGUAAGAAUUUAAAGAAUUACUCUAAUUCAAUCAGGAAAGUUAUGAGCAAUAAAUAUUCGGGGAAAAUAGUUAACAUAAAGGAGGUACGGUGUUACAACUGUCAAGGAUUUGAUCAUUAUGCUCGAGAUUGUAGAAGAAAGAAGGAAUCUAGAGCAAAAGUUGAUGAUGAAGUGAAAUAUGUACAUGCUGGAGAAAACAACGCUCAUGAUAUGCUAGUCAUGACAAAUACUCAGUUGAAUAAUGAAUAA